CUAUAAAAACGUAACACUAUGUCUGAAACUAGGAAGGAUUUAGGACUUAGCGAGUUAGCUCUUAAAAUAUUAGAAAAUGAAGAGAUUAAUGGCCGUACCUUUUUCAAAGUAACCAAAGAAAAGCUUGAGUGUCAUGGAAUGAAAUUAGGACCUGUAACAGCUCUUGUGGACUUUGCCAAGGAAUAUAAGGAGAAAAAGUUAAGGUCAUUCUCCUCAUAUAAAACUAAGAAAGAGUUGAAUGAAAUGUUGUGCAAGUAUGGGAUUGUUAGCGGAGAUAUAACUUGCAUUCCACAGUUCAUUCCACCCACCCACACUAUUAAUGAAAGCACUCCUAAAUUUAAGCUAUGCAUUGAUAAUAUCCUUCGUAGAAUAAAAAAUAUGGGACCAGUUUAUAUUUCAACGAUCUUACAUACGGCUGUAAGUAUUCUCGAUGACUUGGUAAUCACACCUCAGGCAAAUAUAAUUGGUGAAGAAAACACAGGCCGUGUCGACUAUACCAUCAAAAAAAUUAUCAGCGAGUUAUUGAAGGAAAUAAUUUGCAUAACCGAAGGCAAACAGAAUCAAGCAACUAUGGUCAGUACUGAGACAGACUGGUACUUCAUUCUGCAUAGCACUGAAGGCAUCUAUAGUACGAGCAGGACUGAGUAUCGAAUUUCACUUACAGAAAACGCUCUCAAAGAUGAUACAGAAUUGCGUAAAAAUGUGAAGAGGGUUUUAGAAGUGAUCGUAGGAUUAUUAAAGGAUAGAGCAGUAGGUAGUGAGGAACUCGCAACUAAGAAGCGCCAUAUAAAAGAGAUAGUUAAGAAAAAAUAAUUAUGUAUAUUAGAUAGAUGUCAUAUAUC